AUGGCGGUGGACAAGCAAAAUGCAGACGUUGUUUUGUCAGACAUCCACAAAAAGAUUAAAUCAGCUUUUGAAUCGUUCGACUACCAGUUAAACAACACAGUGGAUGUCAGGGAGAUUGGCACCAUCAUCUACUCUCUGGGUUGCUUCCCCUCUCAGGCAGACAUCAACAACUUUAUAGCUGAGGUUGAAGACGAACAAUCAGGAUUUGUUCACUUGGAAAGGUUCCUUCCUGCCAUGACCAAAGUUCUAAUGGAGAACAAGUUCCCUCCCAUCCCUAAGGACCUUGUGCUUCAGGCCUUUGAGGUACUGGACAAACAAAAGAAGGGAUACCUGGAUGCCGAGGAGCUGACAAAGUACCUGACACAGGAAGGCGAGGUCUUCAAUCAGAACGAGAUGGAUGAAAUGCUGUUUGCUUUUGCAGACCCCGAGAAGAACAUCAUCAAUUACAAAGACUUAAUCGAUCAGCUGACCUUUGAUACAGAUUAGAAAAUGUUUUCUUGUGUUUAUCUGUGUGCCAGCAUCCUGAGAAAUAUUUCAAACACGAAGCCGGUGUUUGCUUUGGAUUUUAGGGUUUAAGGUCAGCAGCUCGGUCUGGGACUAAAGCACAUUUCAGAUAUUUUAUUCCCAAAGUUUUUUAACUCAGUCUAAAUCCUUA